AUGCCAUCUUUAGCAGCAAUCCGUGCAUCGAAUGCUGCGUUCGCACAUUCAUCGACUUAUACGCCGGUAGCCGUGUUUGUUGGAGGCACAUCUGGAAUUGGGGAAGGGAUGGUUCGAACUUUCGCCGAGAAUACAGGUGGGAAGAGUAACAUCGUUAUUGUUGGGCGGAAUCGUGGUGCAGCAGACCGCAUACUCGACUCUUUGCCCAAACCUAGUUCGGACGGUGACAAGAAGUUCACGAGAGAGUUUGUGCAAUGCGAUGCUACUCUCAUGAAGAACGUCCAAAAUGCUACGCAAGAGAUUCUUUCGAGACACCCCAAAAUCAACUAUCUCAUCAUGUCGCCGGGGUUUGCGACGUUAUCUGGACGCGAUGAAACUCCUGAAGGUAUUGACAAGAAGUUGGCGGUACACUACUACGCCCGAUGGAAAUUCACGUAUGAUCUCCUUCCUGCGCUUACCAAGGCAAAGGACUCCGACGAGAAGGUGGCUGCCAUGAGUGUUUUAGGAGCUGGAAAUGGAGGAACUAUACUAGAGGACGACUUGCAUUUGAAGAAAAACUACUCAAUCAGUAAUGCGGCAGCCGCUGCUCAAGCGUACAGCGACAUGAUGAUUGAGUCAUUUUCGGAACGAGCUCCAGGAUUAACUUUCAUUCACUCUUCUCCUGGCUUCGUGCGUACGGCCAUUGGUGCAUCAUCUCCAUCAACGGCAUUGCGAUGGUCAAUGAAAGUCCUAGGUCCCCUUACUCGACCUUUUUCCGUCUCUGCAGACGAAUGUUCCCAGUACAUGUGGCAUGCUAUAUACAGCACGGCGAACAAGCCCGGACCAUGGAGAAUCGGGCCCAGUGGUGAGGAUUUAGAAAAAAAGAACUACGUCGGAAGUGACAAGCAAAGAAAGCUCGUAUGGGAUCAUACUGAGGAAGUUAUUAAUUCUGCUCUUGCAAUGUAG